AUGUCUUCACUCCCACCCAAACCCACACUCAAAGUUCUGGAACAGUUCAAUCAAGGCAAAGAAGCAGGCAAACAAGCAUUUCGUGAGGACAGAGUAGAGAAACUGUUUGAAUUCCAGCACCCGGAAGAGUAUCUCGAAGGUUACAAAGCAGGUGUAAAAGCAGAAAAGAAUCUCGGGAUUCGCGGCACCGAAGAAUGGAAAGCUGAUAUGAUUGCCAAAGAGGCCAAGAAAGCCAAGGAGCACGAGCUAUUCAAGGCAGCCGGAGAGAGAAAAGUAAAAGAAGCUAGAAGAAUCGAGGAAGCAAUUGAGACUGCUCAUCGCGAUGCUGUUAUGUUUCAUAGGGAAUUCGAUAAAUCGCAAGGAGCAUCGGAAGAGGAAUUGAAGGAAACUUUUGGGAUGGACAUGAACUUUGCAGAUAUGGGAAAUGUUUUGGAAAUUCAUGGGCCUCGUGCGCAAUUGGAUAAGGAUGGUCAGAUUCAAGGCGGGCUGGAACGCGAGGAAUCUAGAUAUACGAAGUAA